AUGGAUUUGGAUCACGUGCUCGAAGAAACGUUUAACAAGCUGGAUAAAAAUGGUGAUGGCUUUCUGAGCAAAGGAGAAAUUGAACAGUGUUUGGAAAAGUUUGGAUUCAAAAAAAAUCGAGCAAAGGAAUUCAUGGCCUUGUACGAUACAAACAAGGAUGGAAGGAUCUCCCGGGAAGAGUUUCUUCAGGCAACCACCCGUAAAGUUAGUGACAAAGAUUUUGCAUGUGCCGCACUUCGUCGCACGUUUAACGAAAUUGACAAAGAUAACUCGGGUACAAUCGACAGUAAAGAAUUGUUGCAAUUUUUCAACUCGUCCAUGGAUGUUGUCAUUCCCAGAACUGUCGAACAAUGGAUCGAAGAUCAUGACAAGGAUGGCGAUAAGCAGUUAAACUACGAAGAGUUUUUGGAAUUUGCUGCGGAAUAUUUGUAG